CGCCGAGCUGGACAGCCUGGACGGGCGGAAGGACCCGCAGCGGUGCGCGCUGCUCGUCAGCCAGUUCCGCUCCUGCCAGGACAACGUGUUAAACAUCAUCAACCAGAUCAUGGAUGCGUGCAUCCCACAGGACCGCGCCCCCAGGGACUUCUGCGCCAAGUUCCCCGAGGAGAUCCGGCACGACAACCUGGCCGGCCAGCUGUGGUUUGGCGCCGAGUGCCUGGCUGCCGGCUCCAUCAUCAUGAACCGGGAGCUGGAGAGCAUGGCCAUGCGCCCGCUGGCCAAGGAGCUGACCCGCAGCCUGGAGGAGGUGCGGGGUGCCCUCCGCGACCAGGCACUGCGUGACCUCAACACCUACACGGAGAAGAUGAGGGAGGCGCUGAGGCACUUCGACGUCCUGUUUGCCGAGUUUGAGCUGAGCUACGUCUCGGCCAUGGUGCCCGUGAAGUCCCCAAGGGAGUACUACGUGCAGCAGGAGGUCAUCGUGCUGUUCUGCGAGACGGUGGAGAGGGCCCUGGACUUCGGGUACCUGACCCAGGACAUGAUUGACGACUAUGAGCCGGCCCUCAUGUUCACCAUCCCCAGGUUGGCCAUCGUGUGCGGCCUCGUGGUCUACGCGGACGGACCCCUGAACUUGGACCGCAAGGCGGAAGACAUGUCUGAGCUGUUCCGGCCCUUCCACACGUUGCUGCGGAAAAUAAGGGAUCUGCUGCGGACCCUGACGGAGGACGAGCUGCACACUCUGGAGCGGAACCUCUGCAUUUCCCAGGACGUGGAGUUCCCCAUCCGGGCAGACGUGCCGGGGCCCCCUGCCAUGGCACCCGCCUUCCCCAGCCCCCUGCCCUCGGAGGAGCUGCUCUCGGCCACUGAGGCCAAGAACCCGGAGGCGGAGCUGGCCUGCUCCAUGCAGUAUGACGACCAGGAGCUGGAGCAGCUCACCCGCAUGGUGCACCGGGCCGGGGACGAGAUGUCCUCCCUGCUGUCUCCGCCCAGCGCCUGCCAGUCCCCCGCACGCAGGCUGGGCACCGAGGGCAGCCCCCGGGGGCAGGCCUCCCCCGGCAGUGGGCUGCUGCAGCCGGGCAGCGACCAGGAGGAGGAGGGACGGGUGUUCUUCAUGGACGACGUGGAGGGGGCAGCAGAGGCCCCAGGCAGCCCAUCUGUGUGGACAGGCAGCACCCCGGCUGACCAGGAGGGUGGGCAGGGCAGGGAGGCAGGGGUCCGAAUGCCCGACACCCCGCAGGAAGAGGGAGACUUGAGCAAUAACAACAACAUCCAGGACCCAGAUAGCAAGGUGUGGGCGGUGGGCCCCAACUCCUGCAGCUGCCUGGACUCGCAGCUGCACCUGGACGGCUGGGAGGUGACGGUGGACGAUGCUGAGACAGCCGAGCUGAUUGCCCACCGGACGGGGGGCAUGAAGCUCUCGGCGACGGUCAUCUUCAAUCCCAAGUCACCCGCUCCCCUGGACGGUUCCGUCUCUGCUCAGGAAGCCUCUGGGAACGAUGCGUCCCCAUCGGAGCCCGUGGCUGAGGGGACGGAGGGCAGCUCCCACAAACUGAGUGCCGUGGCCACCAACUGCCUCCUUAACUCCUGCGUGUGCUGUGGGGGCUGUGGGGGCGGCAGGGAGGACGCGGCCGAGCGUCUGCGGGACAAGUGCAGCCCGGGUGGCGUCAUCAGCGCCUCCUACGCGGGCUCGGGUUCGGCCAAGGGCAGGGCCGAGAGACUGGAGGAGGCUCGGCCUGCCCCGGAGGCGCUGCCCGCGGGCACCCCGGCCCCUCUGCCCUCAGAAGACACCCCCAACAGGCAGGAGCCCAAAGCUCCUGCUCCCAACAAGUGCCUGGCACCCACCUCAGGGCCCCUGGCGGACACACCCUCAGGCCUGCAGGGCUUCCUUGGCGCUGUGGGCCAGCAACUUCCGAAAGCCAGUGAGCAGCAUGGAAGCCCCGCCGCCCACCCAACCACCCUGUGUGCUUCUCUGUGCAGUGGCUCGACGGCCCGGGCCUGCUCCUCGGACAGGACCACGCCAGAGGCGGCCCCCGCGGCCACAAGAGAGAAGAUCCGAUCCAGGUUCCACGGCAGCCACGACCUGAUCCAUCGCCUAUUUGUCUGCAUUUCAGGUGUGGCUGACCAGCUGCAGACCAACUACGCCAGUGACCUGAGAAGUAUCCUCAAGACCCUCUUUGAGGUCAUGGCCACGAAGCCGGAAAUGGACGACAAGGAAAAGCUGAAGAAGGUCACCCAGAACCUGCGGAACGCGGCCUUGGAGGACUGCGCCCUGUGCCAGGAGACCCUGUCAUCCUCUGAACUUGCAGCCAAGACCCAAGACGGGGACUUGGAAGACCCGCCCGAGUGGGUCCCAGACGAGGCCUGCAGCUUCUGCACCGCCUGCAAAGCGCCCUUCACCGUCAUCCGCAGAAAGCACCACUGCCGCAGCUGCGGGAAGAUCUUCUGCUCCCGCUGCUCCUCCCACUCAGCCCCGCUGCCCCGCUACGGGCAGGUGAAGCCAGUCCGCGUGUGCACACACUGCUAUAUGUUCCACGUCACGCCCUUCUACAGCGACAAGGCGGGCAUCUGACGCGCGCCAAGCACCCGACCGUCGAGCCCGAGAGGACCCCCGGAAGGCGCCCGCGCUCUCCACCUCCGUCCAGAUGCGCUUCCAGGGGUGUCCCUGCCUUGCACCAGGCUGCUGCUGCGGCCACUUCCAGUACAUCCUGCCCCUUCUGCACCCUCCUCCCA